CGACGCGGAGACUUCCGCCUCGGUAUGUGUCAUGGCGGCGGUCACGUGGCUCCCGAGGGAGCCCGCCCUCCCAGCUGGGUCUCGGCGGCGACGCCCGGGGAGGGGCUGGAACGCUCGCCCGCUCCAGGCCGUGCCGCCGCGGGAGGGGCCCCAGAUUUGGUGUAAACAACACUAUAGAAAGAAGAUGACACACUGGUUUCAUCGCAACCCUUUGAAGGCUACAGCUCCUGUUUCGUUUAAUUUUUAUGGGGUAGCUACCACUCCAGCUGCAACAAAGGUUUGCAAUGAUUUGAGGUUAUCUCGAACACGACUUUUGGAGCUGUUUACAGACUCGAGUUGUAAUCCAGAAAUGAUGAAGAAUGCAACCGACUUGUACUUCUCACUCUUGCAAGGUUUUAUCCUUUCACCGGAUGACUCUUCCCAAGAAUGCAAGUUGCGAUAUAUUCAGAAUUUCAAGUGGACGGACACGUUGCAAGGCCACGUUCCAAGCGCCCAGCAGGAUGCAGUGUUUGAACUGGUUUCCAUGGGAUUUAAUGUUGCUCUGUGGUACACAAAAUAUGCAUCAAGACUCGCUGGAAAAGAAGAUAUAACUGAAGAUGAAGCAAAAGAUGUUCACAGAAGCCUGAAGAUAGCAGCUGGGAUUUUUAAACACCUGAAGGAAAGUCACAUUCCAAAAUUGAUUACGCCUGUGGAAAAGGGAAGAGAUUUAGAAGCUCGACUUAUAGACUCUUAUAUCAUACAGUGCCAAGCUGAAGCUCAAGAAGUGACUAUUGCUCGGGCUAUUGAGCUGAAACACAAUCCAGGACUAAUAGCUGCUCUUGCUUAUGAAACAGCUAACUUCUACCAAAAAGCUGACCAAACGUUAUCCAGUUUGGAUCCAACCUAUGCAGGUAAAUGGCGGAAGUACUUAAACUUGAAGACCUGUUUCUAUAUGGCCUAUGCAUACUGUUACCAUGGCCAGACUUUGCUGGCGAGUGAUAAAUGCGGGGAAGCAAUCAGAUCUCUGCAGGAAUCGGAAAAAUUUUUUGCCAAAGCUGAAGCAUUGUGCAAAGAAUAUGGAGAAACCAAAGGGCCUGGGACUACUGCCAAACCCUCUGGACAUCUCUUCUUUAGGAAACUAGGAAGUUUGAUUAAGAACACACUAGAAAAAUGCCAGAGAGAGAAUGGAUUCAUCUAUUUUCAGAAGGUGCCAGCAGAGGCUCCCCAGCUGGAACUGAAAGCAAACUAUGGCUUAGUAGAGCCUGUUCCUUUUGAAUUUCCUGCUUUGAACGCACAUUGGACUCCUGAAACACUCGCGGCAUUUGAUCUCACCAAGAGGCCAAAGGAUGACACUACUAAACCAAAACCAGAUGAAGAAGUAAAACCUCUGAAGGAACCAGAUAUAAAGCCUCAAAAAGACAGUGGAUGCCACAUUUCUUAAGUGCCAAUAAGUGCUUUGAUUUCACUUUGAAACUGUAUUAAUUGGACUCUGGGGCUUUAGUUCUGAUCUCCCUUUUUCUGAUUUUUUUUUUUAAAUUUAGAAGACUAAUUUAAUUUACUUUUCUUAGUAUGCAUCUAUAAUUCUCGAGAAUGUGGUGGAUUUCUAGGAGUUUAUUUAUAUCUGCCUUAUUUUUGGUUUUAGUGGGAUAUCAUAAAAUGAGUGGGCUUAAAUGUUCCUAUUGUGCCUCUAGAGAGUUUCUUUUUGUGGGUUUAGUUUCUACCCACAAAUAGCAAAGGAAGUAUCAUGUUUGUAACACUUGAGGAUUUUUCCAUUAAAUUAUAUGCUAUAUAAUGUCAAAUUCUGCAAACAAAAGUUUGCAUGCACCAUUAUAUUUAUUCAGGUUUUGCAUUUAGGCUUAACACCCUGUUGUGUUCCGAUUCACUCAAUUGUAGUGAGUGAGGAAAAUCUGUUCGGUGUGUAACACUCCUAUGAUAUUUCAUUGGACUUUCACAGAACUUGGAAAACCUUAAGUUCUGCAUAACUGGAGCACAAUUUAUAUUCUUCUGAAAUGAUUAGCCUCUGUUCCUCUAAAAAUUAGGGUUCUUAUGUCAGAAUUUGUAGUAAGGUCCUUUAGCUCGUCUGUCCUGUCCUUAAACUUAAAUCCUUUAAUAUCAAAGUGUAUGUGAAAGUGAUGCAGCAAGUAAUAUGAAAGUGCUUAAAAGUAACGCAUCACAGUGUCAUUCAUGUGAAGUUUUUGAAUAUUGAAAGAUUUGGUAAGUUUGAAAGCUGCAGACAGUUAAAAUCUCCUGGCACUAAAGCAGCUCCAUUUGGGUGCAUACAGUUGUCAUGCAUAAGGGAUUGGGAUGGUAAUGAAGAUGCUGUGUUUCCAUCUGGGUAGAGUCUACAAGCUGUCAGGAGAACAGCCGGGAAAGGUGAGCUGAAGAGCUGGUGGCACAGCUGGGAAACCAAGCUUGAGAUUUCCUUUAUGCCGUAUAAACAGUGCUAUUUCUCAGCUUUUGCAGUAUUGCACCAAAAUCAGCUCUUUGUGAAGAGGACUUGUCAAAAGCCAAGCCCAGUCAAGACUGAGAAAGAAAGUAUUUUGUAGGACUUGCUUCUUCCAUUUUUGCCUACGGUGGAAAAUGAGAUAACAUUCUUUAGUGCUGAGCACUGCAAAACACCUGUGUCAACAAAAACAUAACUUUCUGAUUUACUGCAAAUGCAGAAGAAUAUGAUGUAUGUGUUGAAGUCAGGGCCUUGCAGUCUCUGGGUACCAGGUGCUGCACUUCACUUUACCUGAGAAAGAAACUGAACAGCCUGAAAAUGUUCCAGUUUCGACAAAACAUGAUGGCAUAUGCACUUAUAUGUAUACAAGUUGUUUCAAUAAGAUGGACCAAGCAUGUUACAAUUAAACAAAAAUUUACACGUGGUUUAAUGAGUUAUCAAGUUUUAGUAAUCUUUUUAUAAAUGCUCUAUGUUCCCUCCACCUGCUGUAUGGUCUAUAAGAGUUUCAUUUGUGGGUGGUUCAUGGUUGCAGAGAUAUGGACCUAAUUUGAAAUCACUAUCUUUUUGAAACACCCUGUACUGUAAACACAUUCCUCAUUUUGUACUGUUUAGAUCAGUUCGUCUUCCACUGUGUAAUAAUUCACUGCUUCUGUUAGAAAUCUUUGAUGAGAUUUAGAGUAACGUAGCUUAGAGGGGCCAGUGUGUAGCUCCUUGAAUGCCAACAAAAGUGGUUGAGGAGGUUAAUAGGAAACUCGAGACUCGUCCUGAGAUAUUGGACCGAACUACAGAAAUCAGUGCUGCAAGAGGCAGAGAGGACCUUAAUGCUGGCUCUAGUGGGUGAAUCAAGUGCAGAACUCAUUGCUUCCAGUGAUGGAUUUUUUUUUUCUUUCAGCCAGUUCUGGACACAAAAAUCAGUGUAAAAUCAGCUGAAUUGCUUUGGAAGAAGUUUCUGUUCUGCAUGGGCUUGGGUGGAUAGAGAAUAAUAAGUAUCAAGAAGAACUUAUAUAUAAAAUUGAUCUGUUUCUUCUGAUGCAGCACAGGGAUGUGGGAUAUGUUUUAUGAAGAGUUUCUCAGAUCUGUUUAUAACUUGAUCAGUUGACUGUUUAGACUUCUUGCAUUAUUAAAAGACCAGCUUACGUUUUGCCAGAAUGGUACAUAGAGCUGCUUUGCCUAUGCAGGUUUUAAUUCUCCUGAAAACUUAUUACAGCUGUAGUCAUCUACAUUUGCUUAGCCUGCCCGCCCCCUUAAGGAUCAAGAUGCAUUUAACUCAGUUUCAUAAUAAGGAUUUUUUAGUUACUCAUUGUUUUUCAGAUGCCUGUAUGUGUUCAUAUGUACAUGUCUCAACCUAAUUAAUUUUCUUUCUGCGCAGACUAGAUUCCAUUUUCCCUCCUCCCCUCAUUUUCCCUUCCGUCUGCUACACAACUGUAGCACAGACUUACCCUUGUUUGUUAAUGCCUGUGUGGGUGCUGAGACUCAUUUCCAAUGAGGCUUUUGCCCAUGGGUGUGUUUCAGUAUAUGGUUAUCUUAAAAUAUAAUGAACAGAUCGUGACUAAAUCUUUCCUAAACAACUUCUUGGGAAAGAUUAUUUCAUGGACUUGCAAAUCUAAAUUCUUUGGACGCUUUCGUAAACCAAGUGGUUUGUUUGAAUCAAGUUCACUGUAAAUAGUUUGGGGCAUAACCAAGUGGAUUGUGUCAGAUUACAGCAUUACUUAAGCCUAGCUGUGUAACCUCUUAUGCCAUAGCUGUUUCAGUAAAUAUGAUGUAGUAGUUUAAACAUAGACUAAUGGAACAAACGAAUUCACUUAACAUGUGUUGCUUUUCAAGACAAACUUUGUUUACUUGUAGUUAAAAUCCUAUGGCAAACAUUGGAUAGUUUUGCCCAAAACCAAGAAACUGGAGACUGUUUAGUUUGCAAAGCGUAGAGACCUGUGAGUCAACGAGCAGUUUUUUCUUUGGUUUUGUUGGGUAGUAGCAAGAAGUAUUUAUUGUAAAUAGUAUUUAGGUUAACUGUCCAAUAUGCUUGAGAAUAUGGAUUAAUUGACUGGGAGUUUCAGUUUAAUCCAGAAACCUAGCAGCCACAUUCCUUCUAUUGUGAUUUCCUUUAGUGAUUUUUAAGAAUGAGGUAUUUUGAAUGGUGACUUUUUAAUACUCUAAUGCUGCAAGAGCCUGUUUCUGUGGCCUCUCUCUGGUUUUAAAGGCCCUCAUGGCUAAAACUGCAAAUCUUGUUGAUGUAAAUAGUCUUUAAAAAUUUCUGCCCAGUCCGAACUAGGAAAAAACUGCAGCUAAAUAAAUACGGAGUGCUGGGCCCUCUGUUUUAUGCAUUUAAAAUGCAGUGAUUGUCUUUAAUCUACUAUAAAACAAACCAUAGAGCUCUUUGUUAAGAUUUCUAUUUAAAUACCUUCCUCCAUGUGUUUAAAUACACUUCUUGUACGUUUUCUGUUCCUGGGUUAACAGCAGUUAAUCUCCAUCCAGCACUCCUAGAACCGAGGGACUAAAUUUGGCCUUUGGAUGCUCGUGUCUGACUCCCACUGGAUUCGCUAGAGGAAUUUUGCCUGUCAGCCUAAGGAUGACGUUUGGUCACUUAAAUGUUCAGCAUGAAUAUGUGGUGCAUCUGUGAUGAUGCUAUUGGUUCAUAGGAUAAGCACGAAACCAGAUCCCUGUAUCUGGGUAGAACACAGUCAGCUCUGCACUUUAUAAAUUUCCAGUGUUGCCGUUUUGGUACGAUACAAUAAGGUUGUAAAGACUCCUUCCUGACAUUUUAAUUUUGUUGCACUGAUUUCAGUACUGUGCAGUUGGUAAGAUUUUUAUGGGAAAUGUUACUAAAAUGUAUUUUCAAUUGUGUAUAAAAUAAACUUGUGAAGCAUAUCUCUGCCUUUAGCGUGAGGAGGACGUGAGAGGAGGCAGUAAUUCAUCUGCUUUCCCCGUCAAUUCAGAGAAACAAAAAGUUUCUGUCUGUUGGCUGUGGGAUGAUAUGUUUCAUCCCAUCCCUGCACCUAGUGUCUAAACUGAAGGUUCAGCAUUAACAUAAAUACCGUUGUGUUUUUGUUGUUGUUUUGUUGUUUUUUCCUUCCUCUAACUAGCCCAGUUGUGUGAAGAAUAAAGCACAGCAAGUAGGACUGGCAUGGAAAAGCCCCUGUAGUGGGUACCUGUCUCCAGAUUUUGAGUGCAGCAUAAUGGCCUUUCCACAACAGCAAUUGGAUUUGCUCAGUUCUUUCCCCGCUGUUGAUGCUCUCAAAUCCAACAAACUUCACGUGGUAACCGAGGGAGUCCUUGAUCAGCUUUUUAUGUAGGAAGGCCUGCCUCUCUGGGUGCUGGUGCCUUCAGGGAUUACAACCUUCUCGCUGCCAUCCUGUACUCUGAAUAAUCAAACUUCAGUGGAAUCAGCUCUGACAAGAUUGACCGAGCAGCCUUAUUUUGUGAAGACAGUCACCAUGCAAUCUUAAGCUUCACAGUUUGAAAAUUUGUACAUAAUUGCAAGUUUCAGAAUACCAUUUGAAAUAAACAAUCUUAAUAUGUCAA